AUGAUGGGACGUUCUCCUUGCUGUGAACUAGAAGCACACACCAAUAAAGGAACAUGGACUAAAGAAGAAGAUGAGCUCCUUGUCAAUUACAUCGCUCUUCACGGUGAAGGCUGCUGGCGUUCCCUCCCUAAAGCGGCAGGAUUGCUUAGAUGUGGCAAGAGUUGCAGACUCAGAUGGAUAAACUACCUGAGGCCUGACCUCAAGAGAGGAAACUUCACUCAAGAGGAAGAUGAAAUCAUUAUCAAGCUUCAUAGCCUGCUGGGAAAUAAGUGGUCUUUGAUAGCAAGAAGAUUGUCUGGAAGAACAGACAAUGAGAUCAAGAAUUAUUGGAACACUCACAUUAAACGUAAGCUUAUUCACCGUGGCAUUGACCCUCAAACCCACCUCCCCCUCAAAAACGCCACCCCCACCCCUACUGCGGAUAAAAACCGUAUUUGCUUGAGUUUGAGAAGCCCAACUCCAUCAUCCAGUGGUACAAUUGAAGAAACUCAGCCACAUUCCCAGCUUCAGCACGAGCAAAACGCUGCCGUUGCAGUUGAUCUUGAGCUGUCUAUUGGACUUCCUUCCUACUCAACAACAGCCAGUGACGAGACCACCACCACCACUGCGGACAUAGGUGCCUGCUAAACCAAUUUGUUUGUGUUGGCAGUUUGGGUUUUGCAAGUGCCAAACCAAAAAUAUUUUAUAUAGA